GACGUCAGUGUCAGCUGGUCAAUGUUUACAUCCAAAAUUUGGUGACAUAUUGAAUGUUUAUGGGAGGACCGAGAGAGUAACAACUCCCGAUUUUAACAUCAUUUUGCUAAAUACAGUUGACACUAUAAAGCAGCGUCGAAUAAACGUCACUUCCAUAAGGUAAAGACAGUUGCUUCGUAUUUUUAUGGCGAGUUUCUUUGUUUGCUCCUCCAGCCUGCCUAUUUCUGUUUUCUCCCGUGUACCACUGCAGUGCGCUUCAUAGACGACAUCAACAAAGACAAAGAUGGGAGGAGCCGUUAGUGCAGGGGAGGAUAAUGAUGAGUUGAUUGACAACUUAAAGGAGGCCCAGUACAUCCGCUCAGACCUGGUGGAGCGAGCUUUCAGGGCCAUCGACCGGGCUGACUACUACCUUGAAGAGUUCCGUGAUAGCGCCUACAAGGACCUGGCAUGGAGGCAUGGGAACAUCCACCUUUCAGCCCCUUGCAUCUACUCAGAGGUGAUGGAGGCCCUGGACCUUGAGCCGGGCUUGUCCUUCCUCAACCUGGGCAGUGGUACAGGCUACCUCAGCACCAUGGUGGGACUUAUACUGGAAAUCGAGACUCAUCAGACCAGGCAACAUUCUUCCAGUCUUCAACUGUCCAAUUUUGGUCCAUUUGGAGUGAACCAUGGGGUGGAGCUACACCAAGAUGUCAUUGAGUAUGCAUAUCAGAAACUGGAAUUCUUCAUCAAGACCAGCGACAGCUUUGAUAGGUUUGAGUUCUGUGAGCCCUGCUUUGUCAAAGGGAACUGUAUGGAGAUUGCCCCAGAAUGUAGUCAGUAUGACAGGGUGUAUUGUGGAGCUGGUGUACAGAGGGAGCAGGAGGACUACAUGAAGAACCUGCUCAAAGUGGGUGGAAUCCUUGUGCUGCCAUUGGAAGAAAAGUUGACCAAGAUCACUCGAACAGGCUACAACAACUGGGAGACCAAAAAGAUCAUUGCUGUGUCCUUUGCCCCACUAGUGUUGCCCAAACACAGAGACAACAGUAAACCCAAAGCAGUGCCUUUACCGGCCAUGUUUGAGGUGCGGACUCUGCAGGACUUGGCUCGCAUCUCUAUUCGCUUGACAUUGAAGAGGACAGUGGCGGGGCCGGGGCCGUUGCCCAGGAGGAGGCUGACACACAGCGGGGAGCAACUCCGCCGGAGGCGUGCCCAACAAAGAGGCUCCGCCCUGCUCUCUAACCGUUACAUAUUUAUGAGCCGCCUCAUCCCUGGGCCAAUGGACGACAACAACAACCGCUCCGGCACUGACACUGAAGAGGAGGAGGAGGAGGAAGAAGAAGGGAAUUGCAGGGUUUUAGGAGGGCCUGAGGAGGAGGAGGAGCAGGGAGAGGAGAGGAGGGAGGGAGGAGCCCUUUUGCAUGAGGCUCCAGUGAACCUGCUGAGAGAGAGGAUCCUGGCUCUUCCGCUCCCUGAGCCUCUGAAGAUGUAUCUCCUCCACUACAGAGAGAAGUAGGGUGGCACACCAGACCAUAUGCUGUGCUCCCAUUCUCUAACUUAUUUCCAUCCCGAUGCCCCUGUUGACUCCAUUUUAUGGGUUCAAAAGUAAUGAAUUGGUGAGAAAUAGUCAGAUACCUACUGAAAUGGAUAAGAUUAGUACCAUAUUUCCACCAGCAAGUAACCUGGCUUCCAAUUCGACCCCUUAGAAACUUCAUGUUGAAGUGAAUGAAAAGAAGAAUUGGAUGAGAAGUAUCAAUAUGGUUAUAAUGCCAUCUCCCCCUACACCAGUGUUUCUCAACCCUGCUCCUGGACACCCCCCCCCCUCCCCCCUGCCCUGCAUGUUUUCGAUAUCUCCCU